AUGAUUAUCAUGGUGUGUGCAUUUUUCAUCAGCAAAAGGAAGCUAUCCUUGAUCAAUUUCAGAUUUUUCCAGAGCUCAUCCAAGCACAAUCACCAUGAGCAAGCUAAUCCUAAUUGCAGGUCUUUGUCUUUCCCUCGGCAGUCUGGUCUCAUCCUCCAGACUGGUGUGUUAUUUCACUAACUGGUCCCAAUACAGACCUGGCGAAGGUAAGUUUAUGCCUUCAAAUGUUGAUCCAAACCUGUGCACCCACCUGAUCUAUGCCUUUUCUGGCAUAAACGAGGCAAAUGAGCUGGUCACCAUAGAAUGGAAUGAUGAUGAACUCUACAAAUCAUUUAACGGACUCAAACAGAGGAAUCCAAAUCUUAAAACACUGUUGGCAGUGGGAGGCUGGAACUUUGGAACGCAAAAAUUUACUGCGAUGGUAUCAACACAAGCCAACAGAAAUACGUUUAUCCAGUCUUCUAUCAGACUACUGAGAAAACAUGGGUUUGAUGGAUUAGACCUGGACUGGGAAUACCCCGCUGCAAGAGGAAGUCCUCUGGAGGACAAGCAGAGAUUCACAGUGUUAUGCAAGGAACUCCUUGAGGCCUACGAGGCUGAGGGAACAGAAACUGGCAAACCCAGAUUAAUUAUCUCUGCUGCUGUGGCUGCUGGGAAAGGAACUAUUGAUGCUGGUUAUGAAAUUGCAGAGAUUGCAAAGUACCUGGAUUUUAUUAACGUAAUGACGUAUGACUUCCAUGGCACCUGGGAGAGAGUGACAGGACAUAACAGCCCCUUGUACAAAGGAUCCCAUGAGACUGGCGACCAUGUUUACUUAAAUACUGACUUUGCCAUGAGGUAUUGGCGGGACAAGGGAACACCUGCAGAAAAGCUAAAUAUGGGCUUUGCUACAUACGGACGAACAUUUCAACUGUCUACUCAAUCCAGCCAGGUUGGAGCACCAGCCAGUGGCCCUGCAGCUGCUGGUGCUUUUACGAGGGAGGCCGGCUUCUGGUCCUAUUAUGAGGUUUGCACUUUUCUUCCAGGGGCCAGUGUCCGGUUGAUUGAGGACCAGAAAGUUCCCUAUGCCACCAAACAAAAUGAGUGGGUCGGAUAUGAUAACAAAGAAAGUUUUGAGACUAAGGUCCGUUACCUAAAAGGCAAUCGAUUUGGAGGAGCCUUUGUCUGGGCUCUGGAUCUGGAUGACUUUAAUGGACAGUUCUGUAGAGAAGGAAACUACACCCUCAUCAACUAUCUUCGCUCUCUUUUGGCUUCAGAUCUUCCUCCCCCUCCCACUGGAGAAACCCCUCCGGUUCAAGUAACUCUGUCUACAGGCAAAGACCAUCUUCACACAACACGUCAACCCAGACCUACAAUCACUGCACCCCCCAAAAUUCCAGACGACAAAUUCUGUGCUACAAAGACUGGUGGCAUCUAUGCCAAACCCGAUGCCCCAGGUUCUUAUUACAGUUGUGCCAACGGCAUCACCUGGGUCCUUAACUGCCCAGCUAAUUUAGUCUUUCGAGAAAGCUGCAAAUGCUGUAACUGGCCCUAAAAGUCCGCACACAAUUACACAUUCCAAAAGCUGUGGUUAUAAACAGUGAGGGGGAAAAAAAACAUUCAUGAGUUGCAUUUUAAUGAGUGUAUGUGGUGUUAAUUUGAGAAUGUGUAUGCACUGUUUGUCAGAAGACAGAUUUUUUUCUCUUCCUCAAACAAGUUAAUUUAACCUCCCCUGCAUUAAUCAGAGAAGGGAGAUUCUUCCAAAAGACACAUUACAACUCUUAUUAAUCAAAUCAACUUGUCAUCUUCGCAUGCAUUCACGUAGAAGACAGACACAACAGCCCGUGUGUUAUGCACUCGUUCUGACGUCCUUGGUACCCUUAGAACUUCAAUGAGGGGUGUGGCAACUUACAUGAAUGAUAUUAUUAUUAGAAAAAGCAAUGCCCUAAAUUCUGCCUCAGCAAAGGUAUGUCCUAAAAUCACACCCAGUAAGCAAAUUGCCCUUAAUUACUCCUCAUGAGGAUGGUAUGUGUUUCUUUGUUUCACACCUACUUGAUCUACAUUUCCUUGUAAACCACACACGUGCUUAACAUUCACACACACACACCUGUAAGUGUGGCAACAUCACAAGCUGGUGAGAAAAAUGAAAGAGAAAAAAUUAAAAGCGAUAUAUAGAAAAACAAAAUAAAUAACACUAAUACACCCAAA